AUGUCAUAUAUCUCGAACCUAACUUGCAUCCCGACCUGUUAUAGAGCGGCAGAGCCGGUAUCCGACACUGGAGGUGGUGUUCCAAGUUCCGGCAAACGUAAGGCACCGGAAGUGCUCAAGACUCACCACGAGUUACGCAAGAACAUGGAACGUGGUCUGCACGAGCGUGAUCGAGUCGGUGUCCAGGACUUUGUUCUCCUCGAGAACUUUGAGAGCGAGGACGCGUUUAUCGACAAUUUGCGAAAGCGUUUCAAUGAGAAUCUAAUCUAUACGUAUAUUGGUCAAGUGUUGGUAUCAGUGAAUCCUUAUAAAAAAUUACCGAUUUACACCUCAGAAGUCAUUCAAUACUAUCACAGAAGAAAUUUCUUCGAAGCUCCGCCACACAUGCGAAUCCGGUUCAGGGAAGACGGAAGCUUCGAAGAAGGUGCUAGAGUUUAUCGCUGCCGCCACCGGGCACAAGAAACAAGUGGAAGAAGUAAAUGAUAAAUUAAUCGGUAGCAAUCCGGUGCUCGAAGCUUUCGGAAACGCAAAAACUAAUCGCAAUGAUAAUUCGUCCCGUUUCGGCAAGUACAUGGAUAUCCAAUUUAAUUUCCAGGGAGAUCCAAUUGGUGGAAACAUCUUAAAUUAUCUACUCGAGAAGUCGCGAGUGGUGCAUCAAUUUUCAGGAGAGCGUAAUUUCCACAUAUUCUACCAAUUACUGGCCGGUGCAAGCGAGGAAACAUUACGAAAAUUGUACCUCAAAAGAAAUUUAGAUACAUACUAUUAUAUGAGCAACGGGACGAGAGGCACCAUAGACACAAUAGACGAUGCUGUUCAGUAUAAUGAAGUAAUAAAGGCGAUGAAAACUAUGGAAAUGACUCAGCAGGAACAGGAUGAUUUAUUCGCAAUAGUUGCAUCCGUACUGCACAUGGGAAACGUUGGUUUUACUGAGGAAGAUGGUGUCGCGCAAAUUUUGAAACCAGCUUCCGUAGAGGCAGUUGCCGCUUUAUUGGGUUGCAACAUAAAGCAAUUGGCGGAAGCCUUUACAAAUCGCACUAUAGACGCCCACGGCGACGUGGUCGUUUCCCCAUUGAACAGAGAAUUCGCAAUUUAUGCACGGGAUGCGUUGGCGAAAGCUGUGUAUGACAGACUGUUCACGUGGCUCGUGACCAGAUUGAAUAAAUCCUUGCAGCCCGUUAAUAAUCCACAUAGCAAGAUGGUCAUAGGAAUUCUGGACAUCUACGGUUUUGAAAUUUUCCAGAAAAACAGCUUUGAACAAUUUUGUAUAAAUUACUGUAAUGAGAAGUUGCAACAACUUUUUAUACAAUUGACGUUGAAAUCAGAGCAAGAGGAGUACUUGAGAGAAGGAAUAACAUGGGAAAAUAUUCAUUAUUUUAAUAACAAAGUCAUUUGCGAUUUAAUUGAAGAAAAGUAUAAAGGUAGUAUAAUAUCUUUGAUGGAUGAGGAAUGUCUCCGUCCAGGAGAACCAACAGAUUUGAGCUUCCUGGAAAAAUUGAAUGUAAAUUUGAAUAAUCAUCCCCAUUACAUAAGUCAUAUGAAAGCAGACCUGCAAACACAGAAAGUUAUGGGACGUGAUGAGUUUAGAUUGAUACAUUAUGCUGGCGAGGUAACGUACAACGUUCGUGGAUUUCUUGAGAAGAAUAAUGAUUUACUGUACAGAGAUUUGCGUGAAGUGAUGUCACACACGACGAAUUCAAUUAUUAAGAACGUGUUUGAUGUGAAAGAUUUAACUAGCAAAAAACGACCAGACACUGCCAUUACGCAGUUUAAAAACAGUUUAAAUAAUCUGGUGGAAAUUCUUAUGGGCAAAGAACCUUCUUAUAUCCGUUGUAUCAAACCCAAUGACUAUAAAAUGGCUAAUCAAUUCAACGAGCAAAUUAUACUGCAUCAAGUAAAGUAUUUAGGUCUUAUGGAGAAUUUAAGAGUAAGACGAGCUGGUUUUGCCUAUAGAAGACCGUACGAACAAUUCUUACAACGUUAUAAAUCUCUAUGUCCACAAACAUGGCCAAACUAUUAUGGUUCUGCUAAAGAAGGUGUUCAGCUGCUCGUUUGUCAUCUUGGCUACGAACAAGAUGAAUAUAGGAUGGGCAACACAAAAUUGUUCAUUCGAUUUCCUAAGACAUUAUUCGAUACGGAAGAUGCCUUCCAAAUGAAGAAACAUGAAAUAGCUGCUAUUAUCCAAAGCAAAUGGAAAUGUAUACUAACAAGACGAAGAUAUUUAAACAUGAAAAAAGCGGCAAUAGUUUUUCAAAAGUAUAUUCGAAGAUGGUUGGCAAAACAAGAAGCUGAAAGAAGACGAAAAGCAGUUAUUACUAUUCGACGAUUUAUCGAAGGAUUUAUUACACGAAAUGGGCCACCAACAGAAAUUAACAUUGCUUUUAUCGAGCUAGCAAAGUCUCAAUGGUUAAUCAAGCUCUCUAAAUCACUUCCAGUUGGUGUUUUGAAUAAUUAUUGGCCUCCGUGUCCGUACUCUUGUCGAGAAGCCUCAGAACAUUUGCGCAUCAUAUGCAAAAGAUGGAAAGCUCGCAAAUAUAGAUUGGCUUUGUCAAAAGAAAAUAAAAAACAGUUUGAAUUAAAAAUAUUAGCUGAAUCUCUUUUCAAAGGCAAAAAGAAAUCGUAUGCAAAGAGCUUCGGACCAAGGUUCCAAAAUGAUCGACUUGGUCCCGAAUACAAUGCGCUGAGAGAAAGCUUCACCGCUAAUCAUCUUCCUAGAAAUGAAACUAUAAAAUAUGCGACUCCUGUUAUUAAAUAUGAUCGGCAUGGUUACAAACCGCGUGAAAGGGUACUAAUUUUAACAGAAUAUGCUGUGUAUAUUUUAGAUACCUUAAAAACAUUCAAACUGAAACAUCGACUUCCUUAUAAAUCCAUUGAAGAGUUGGUGGUUACAGGAGAAUCGGAUAAUUUAUUGAUUGUUAGGAUACCACCCGAAUUAAAAAAAGACAAGGGUGACUUAAUUUUGGAAGUACCACAUAUCAUAGAAGCAUUAACAAAAGCAAUUGAUAUCACUAAUAAUCCGAAUAUUCUUAAAAUUGUUAAUACAGAAUCAGUUUCACAUAAGCUAGUCAGUGGGAAAGAAGGUGUGAUUGAAUUCAAAACUGGUACAACUCCAACUAUUAGUAAAAACAGACAAAGCGGACAUUUACUAGUGGUAGCUUCUCCAUAAUGUUCGAACGAUAUUUCAAACGACCUUGUACUUACUUAGAAAGAUAUAUACUUGUUCAAUGGAUAUAAAAUAUACGUAACCUUAAUUGAUGUGAUCUAGAGUGGAAUGUUAUUAAGAAGAGAUAAUAUAUUAAAAUUUAGUACAUUUAUCAAGUGAAACUCACAGUUUUGUAUGUUGUUAUAUGAGUUGUGUAAAAUAUCUUGUGAAAUAAUGUUUAUUUUUGUAAUUAGCGCAUUAUCAGUGAACUGAUAUAAAUCAAUUAAGAAUGAGACAUGUGCCUUCUACGAAACUAUUGUUAAAUAAUCGCACAAAAAAAGUAAUUUAUUGCGGGAUGCUUUACAAAUGCCUUAAUAUUUUCUUUUUCUAUAUUUAUAUUCUAUAAGUCACUGUGCCAUUGAUUUCAUGUUCAGAAUUAUUUUAUGAAAUAACAGUAUAAAGUUAAAUUAAAAUAAUGAUCUUAAAUCAAAUUAAUGACUUUUCUCAUUAUUUACAUUUUCCUGUACAAUAAAUUUUACAUACAAGUCAUUUUAUAUAACAAGAUAGUUUGCUUAUUUAUUUCUAUUCUUCACAAAUGUGGUAAAGUGUAGUCGUAUUACAUGAAAAACUUUAUAAUAUAGUUUGUAAUACAAAAUGUUAUCCACAUUACAUUUAUCAUCUCAGUAAAAAUGAAGAAUACUUUUUAUUAUCAAUUCUUAAAUAAUAAACUACUUCUUUUUCGAAGUAGCAGAUUUCUUCUUAGUAAGUGACAUUUUUCCUUCUAAAGCUUUUUCUCUUAAUUCAUUUUCCACUGCUUUAUUAACUGUUUUUGUAAUCAUUUGCUUUAACUUAUGUGUUUCUUCAAAUUUUCUUUUUUUAGGAAAAAUACUUACUAUUUCGCCGUUGAAUAGCAGGAGUAUUUUUAUUUUUAUUCUUAUUUUUCCCUUUUACUGUUAGUGGUACGUUAGUUUUCACUUUCAAUUUUCCUUGAGCCAUGUCAUAAAAACAAUAAUAUGUUUAAUUAUUCAGUUUUUAUGAGUUUAUUUAUUUUAUAUUUUAUAUCUUACGUCAUUGUUGACGUGCUGUGUGUACUAUGUACUAUGACCACACAAAAAUUGUAAUAUUUGUCAAAUUAUAAUAUUGCAUAAUAGAUGCAAUGUUUUAAAUAUACGAUUUAUUAUAAUAUAAUAUAAUUUCCAAUUUUAAUUUUUUUUUAUUUUUAACUACAUUAAGAUUAUACGAAAGUUAUACGAAACUUGUAUGUGUUGCAUUUAACUGUUCGUAUUGUCGACUACAAUUUACUGUUAUCAGACAGUUUGAUUCGUAUUUUACGAAAUAUCGUGUUUGACUCUCGUCUCUUUUUUAUCACUUAUUUAAUACAAAGGAACAGAGCGAUCAAAAUGGCUCUUUCCAAGCCUACAAAUUUUAUAUUUCAACUUACUGCUGCUUACUUUCAAAGUCUUUAUACGAGCCCACUGAAGACUAAAGCGAUCACAAGGCUGUUUUUUGGAGGCCCACUUCCACAUUAUUUUUAUACAUAUAUACAUCCAUUUGUAAGAAAUCCUUUAUUACUUUUGUUGAUAGAAAGGUGUUUAUAUACACCAUGUUAUCAGGCAUUAACAUUAUACAUGUUGUCUAUAUUUGAGGGUAAUUCACAUGAUAAUGCUUGGAAACAAAUGAAAAAAUUAUAUUGGCCAAUAAUUACUGCAAAUUUAAAAUAUUUGACAUUGCUUCAAUUUAUUAAUUUAAAAUAUGUUCCACCAAUAUUACGUGUCCUCGUGGUAAAUCUUAUUGGUCUUGUUUGGGCUAUAUAUCUUGCGCAACAACGUUCUAAACAAUCAAAAGCCAUAAAAUAAUAUAAAUGCAACAAGAAAUUAACAUAUCCAUACAAUAGAAAUUUAGUUUUUAUGAAUUUAUGAGACCUAUAUUUGUUGAAUAUUACGUAUGUAAAUUAUGUAAAUAAUUUCUCAUUCCAAUGUUAAACAAAUUAAUGUAUCAUUGUAUUACUCUAUAUUAUAUACAGUGCAUUUAUACUACUUACACUAUUUUUUAAUUAAGUUUGUUACUAUUAAAAAACUACAGCAUAAAAAUGAUUAUGGUAUAAAUAAAUUUUAUAUGCACUUUAUGAAAGAAGAAGAAAAUAUUUUAAGCUUUUUAAUUUAAUCACACAACAACAAUACAGAGUAUAUUACAGAUAUAAUCAGAAUUUCUUUCAUUUCAACGAUGGUAACAUUCGAUGGCUGUAAAUUAUGAAUAAUAAAUAUUAAAGUCAAAAGCCAUGGUGUGCAAAGUAUAACAUAGUUUCUCUUUUGCACGUUUGUAUAAAUAACUUUCACUUCAUAUCUAUUAGAGUUUUAUAAUAUUGUAAAUCGUAUUAAUCAAAAAAUAAAUUGAAUUUCUCAGAUUUUAUAAUAAUCCUGUAAAACAAGUGUUUCGUGAUAAGUAUUUAUGUUUUUGUCAGUUUUAUAGAUAUGCAUCAGGGGAGAAUUAAUAUUGCAACACCAUAGCAAUUGACAUUUAUUUUCUCCCAAUAAAACUCAGUCAUUAUGCAAGAGCUAAUUCUACAGUUCUUCCUAAUUAUAAACAAUGUAGACUUUUCAAAUAUGAUUUUUUAACCCUAUACAUACAUUUUCAAGACUUAACUUUGAAUAAUCAAGACUAAUCUAAUUAUGUCUUUUGGUAUGCUGCCUGGCCUUACAGCCAAAUGAAAACUUUCUGACUAGCAUUCAGAUAAAUUGAGUAUUGCCAGUAAAUGAAAGUUUAAAAGUUUAACAUCACUUUUAUACACUUUCUUGCCUUCGAAAUUGAUAAAUGACUAGCUAUUUGUGAUAUAAAUAAAUAAAUAAAUAAAUA